ACUGUUUUCAGAGUUAUUUCCAUAUUUUCUGUUCAUAAGCGAUUUAUAGAGACUUAAAUACGCCUUAUGGGACAGAAUUAAUUAUGGGAGAAGACCUAAGGAUUACUCUGGAAGACUCAUUUGAGUCACUGAAAACUGACAACCUUGAUUUGGGUAAAAAAAACGAUAUCCUUGCUUCUUUCAAUAAAGAGUUUCCUUUCUCAAGUGCUCAGAAUUUAAGCACCAUAUACGCAUCAUGGAUACCGUUUUUAUUAGAAUUUGUACAGUCCUUUGAGGUUUCUUUUGAUUCCGACUCUCUCGAAAAUGAAGUAAAGCGAAAUGCUUUGAGUUUAUUACAACAAUGUGCUCAUAAAGACGAAUUCCAACCCUACGCGGAACUAUGUGUUACUCGAUUAGUCUGGUUUAUACGAGCAGAAAAUGACGAAAUUGCGAUAUAUUGCCUAAAAAUGAUCAUGGAUAUUUUCAAGUCUUUCAAAGCCUCUAUUCAUGGUUGCGCUCAAAGCUUCUUUGAUUUGGUCGUUUCUUUAGCCCGUAAACUCCCUUCCACCAUCCCUUUUUGCUUUCCAAAAAGCAGUACCCUAUCUUCUUCCGUUGAUGAUCAUACCCUUUUAUUUACGUCUGCUGCAGGAAGCUACCUAUACAAAGAGGCAUUGGACCUACAUCAACAAAUGAACCAUCCGUCUGCACGAGACAAGAAACUUCAGCCGGCUCUUCAAAGCUUUCGUGUGUUUAUCGAAUGUCCAGUUGUAAUUGUGCUCAUCCUUCAAGUCCUCCGGCAAUCUGCGACAAGUAAUGUACAGCUACUCCUCCCUUUUCUUCUGGAUAUCCUUCAAAUCAAUGUCCCAAUUCCAGAUGAUUUGUCUGGGAGGGUAAAUGAAGAUAUUAGUUUCGAUUUCAUCAGAGCUGUCAAAAAUAAGAGCGCAUACAGGUCCGUUUUUAUGGCUCAGGUGAAAACACUCUCAUUUGUAGCUUACAUAUUAAGAACUUUUCCAGAAACGUUUAGCAACAGGGAAAUAAUUCCAUUGGUUGUCGUAAAGCUUUUGCGGAGAUGUCCUUAUGACAUGUGUUUUGCUCGAAAGGAGUUACUGGUGGCCAGUCGGCACAUACUGUCUACGAAUUUACGAAGAUUAUUUAUUGGAGUCUUGGAUUCCUUGCUUGAGCCUAACAUUCUACUCGGUAAAGGUGUUGCUUCUAGGGAACUAUUGCGACCGCUUGCUUAUAGCACUUUAGCCGACUUGCUUCAUCACAUUCGUAACGAAGUUAGUAGUGAGCAGAUUCGAAAAGCCAUUACUAUUUAUUCACAUAAUCUACAUGACCCAAGUUUAAGUAUUGGUUUACAAACUAUGGGAGCUCGACUUGUUUUAAAUAUGAUUGAUCGCAUCAUAAGCCUUCCCAAUCCCGCUGACUCGAUCUCUCUCCUUUUCUUUAUUUUUGAUGCUUUUAUAGCCAAAUUUCAUGAAUUAAAUUAUAAGUUACAAGGAAGGUUUCAACAACAAAACGAAAAAGCUGUACAGCGGAAGGAUGGUUCUGCAAAGUUUCACAUAGAAGAACAACUGCCAUCUAUUAUUUCAAUGGAAAAGGAUGGAUCUUUUCUUUUUAAAAAUCUAAUGCUCGGAUUACGUGCAUUGAUGUAUGGGUUGCGCAUGUGUAAAGCUCGCAGCUUCGAGGCUUCAAAUCUCCACCUUAAUAACAUUGAAAAGUCGACGGCUAUUCAAGAAACUCAGAUUUUUAAGAAGCUUUUUAUUGAGGUUGCAAAGGGUCUUUCUUUUUUCCGGCCUGACGAAGUUUACUGGGAAAUGUAUUAUGCCGGUAAUGAAGACAAUCUAGAUAAGCCAUUAACCUCCACCCUUCCCAAAAAUAAAGAUGAAAAGGAUUGCUUGGAAGUAUUUGCAACAAUAUUUAUUCACCUUGAACCGCCAUUAUUCAUUGAAAUUUUUGAAACCAAUUUGCCUAUGUUUUUUGAACAACUCAAAUUAAACCUUACUCUUUUUCAUAUUCCCCAGUUUCUUCUUUCUAAUGAAAGUACAUCUUCUAGAUUUCUAAAUGUUUUACUUCGCUUUCUACUUUCAAAACUGGGCGAACUCGGUUCUUCCGACGAAAGACAUGGUUCCGUUAUGUUAAGGCUUUUCCGACUAUCCUUUGUUACUGUUUCUUUAUUUGCUCAGAAAAACGAAACUGUUUUACGACCUUAUGUUUCUGAGAUGGUCAUAAAAUGCAUGAAAUUUGCGCCCAACUCUAAAAACUCUAUUAAUUACUAUCUGCUUCUACGCGCCCUCUUUAGAGGUAUUGGCGGUGGUCGUUUUGAUAGCUUAUAUAAAGAGAUAAUGCCCCUCUUACAUGCCUUGCUGGAAGCCUUCAACUCCUUGUUGGCAUCCGCCAAAUCUCAAAAAGAAAGAGAUUUAUUUACUGAACUUUGCUUAACUGUUCCUGUCCGACUUAGUCUUCUUCUGCCGUACUUGAGCUACUUAAUGAAGCCGUUGGUUAACUCUCUGAAAAGUGGCCAAGAACUGGUAAACCAAGGCUUGAGGACUUUCGAACUAUUUCUGGAUAAUUUGACUCCUGAUUUCUUGGAUCCAAUUAUGGCUCCUAUUAUUGAUGAGCUUAUGGAUGCUUUAUGGGGCCAUCUUCAACCUUUACCAUACAGUCAUCAAUAUAGUCACAAUGCUCUUAGAAUCCUUGGUAAAUUAGGAGGAAGAAAUCGAAAACUUCUUAAUAAAAUUCACAAGUUGAGCGUAAAUUCUUCUUCUGCCAGAGAUUUCACUAUGCUUGUGGAUAUUAGAGGAACUGACCAAACUCAAUUAUUACAUUACUUGAAUUAUGUGGAUCCCGCUGUAAAUAUGCUGACUAGGCAAAAUUUAGAUAUCGAUAUCAAAAGACAGUCUUUUAACUAUCUUACGACAAUUACGAGGAUUUUCUUUCACCGGACAGGUGAUGUAGAUAGUAUAACCUCUCGCAUUAAAGUCAGUGCUAGACAGCUGCUACAAUCAAAGGUUGACUUUAAAAGACCUUACUCUUUUGCUACUAAUCGUGGCACAGGUCGAGAUUUUUUCUGUAAAAUAGAUGACAAUUCGGUUGAGAGUUUGGUCCUUUCCCGUGCUACUUAUGGUUUAUUUAUAGCUACCUCCAAUGAAGGCUUACGUGAGAGUGCAUUACAAAGUUUGAAAGUGCUCGCCGCUAACAUUCUUGUCUAUGACUUACUUUAUGCUGUUGAUUUAUGCAAAGACGGUAAUAAUGAAUCAUUAUUAUAUUCUCGUAAAGAACCGGUCCUAAGCUCUCAUUAUUUUUCUCAUUGCUUAGCGAAAGUGAUGUGCGAAGAUGAUGAAAGAGUCAGAAAUUCAGUCACCUAUAUCUUGAACUUCAUGUUUGAAUUUGCUUCUGUCCUUUUUGAUGAUUCCCAGAAGGCUUAUAUCUUACCGAUUUUUGAGGUUUUGCUCUCUGAUUUCAGACACAAAUGCUAUGACUGUCAAUGGCAUCAUAAGCACGGUGGUUGCCUUGGUCUUAAGGUUUUAAUUGAACAGGAAUGCUCACCUUUAUGGUUGUUUGAUAGACAAGCUGAUAUUUUAACUGCAUUAUUUUUUACGCUCAAAGACACUACUCCUGAAGUGCCUUCAAUAUGUAAAACGACAGUUAUGGAUGUUCUUAAAUGUUUAUUUGAGAAAAUUUACACGACUAAGGAUACUAAAAUCGCUCCUGGAGUUUUAGGUCACCUAGUAUUGGAAUUAUCCAACCACAACUCAGUUGUGAGGAAUUCGACCCGAGAAUUGUUAUCACUACUAUCCGCCGUGUCUAGUAUCCCUAUCUCGGAGCUUGUUUCUCCUUUCAAAGAAAGGCUUUUGGGACCCAUUUUUGCCAAGCCGUUACGGGCCCUUCCUUUUCAUAUACAAAUCGGACAUAUAGAUGCUGUUUAUUAUUUUAUAGGGCUGGAUGAUCAUUUAAUAUCGUUAACGGAUGAAGUAAUGCGAAUAAUACACGAAACCGUUGCUCUAGCAGGUGCAGAUGAUGAUGCUUUGAUAGGCCAUAACAAAGCCUCCCACUUUAAGAAUGCAGCAUUCCUUGUGAGACUAAGGGUUGUCUGUAUUAAUCUUCUAAGUUCUAUAAUCUGUAAAUUUGAUUUGACUGAUCCUCAGCAUGUUCACUUAAGAGGAAAAAUUAUUUCUGUGUUCUUUAAAUCACUCUAUGUGAAAUCUAAUGAAGUUAUAGAAGCAGCAUUUGCUGGGUUGCAAUACGCUUUAAAAGAGGAUCAGAAGCUACCAAAAGAGUUAUUACAGACUGGGUUGCGUCCGAUACUGUUUAAUAUAUCCGAUCAUAAACGGCUCACUGUUGCUGGUUUGGAAGGACUUGCUAGAUUACUUUCUCUUUUGACUAACUAUUUUAAAGUCGAAAUUGGCAGGAAACUCUUGGAUCAUCUGAUUGCUCUUCGUGACACAAUAAAUUUACGUGAGAUAUCGAAGAUGCCUUUGGCUUCUCAAACUGAGAUGAAAAUUAUCCAGGCUCUUAUUAACAUAUUCCAUUUGCUUCCCAAUAACGCAAAUCAAUUCAUGAUAGAUCUAUUGAAAUGCGUAUUAGACAUCGAAAUGAAGCUUAAUCGUACUUGUCCUAACUACUUUGGUAUCCCAUUACUGAAAUACAUUAAUCGUUAUCCACAUGAUGCUUGGGAUUUUUUCUAUGCCAGAAUUGAUGAUUCGAUUUGCACCAAUUUUUUUAUUGAACUACUUCGACUAGAGGAAUCUGAAAAUUUAAUGCUUAUAGUGAAGGAACGCUGGAGUGUUUUUCGCUCAAUAUUGACUACGGAAGUGCCCACAUCGAACAACACGAGAUAUUCUUUUGCAUUAGAAGUUUCUUGUGAAAUAUUUACUAGAGAUCCUUCUUUUUUUAAGGAAAAAAAUUCAUUUUUCAAAGGACUUACAAAUGCUGUUGAGAUUAUUGGAGAUCUAAUCAAUAAUGGAGGAACCAUCACUUUUAUUACAUCCUGGGAAAGGGUUUUAAUACAAUUGUGUGAUUUUCUGUUGAAAAUAUACGACCACUGUAUAAAAGAUUUUGAUUCUGGUUUGGAUCUGUUAGCUGCCUUUCAGAGUAUUGAGUAUUAUCUAUCCAAUACUCUUAUGAUCACAUUAACAAAGCAUCUUCAGAACAGUCUCGCUGAAAAUUUUGAGUUAAAACUUCGAAGUUUACUAUUCAACUUUUUAAGUUCAAAAAAUUCAUUACAAUUUAAGAAUGCUCUUAUCAAUGAUGUCUUACUGCAAUUUUUUAACCAGUCUAAAGCGGAUGUCGAAUCAUGUCAAGCAUGGUUUUAUUCACUAUACAAAUUCUAUUUGAAAGAUCUUUCCAGUAAGCUUGGGACUUCUUAUGAUGAUGGGGUCAGUAUGGGAACUCUGCAGAUUAUACUCUUUUUUCUCAGGAAUAAUUACAAGGUAUUAGAAAAAUUCAGCGAAGAAAUAAUGUCUUUAUGUUGCGCUUUAGCAAAUUCUGAAGACAUUAUAAUUAAACAGCUAUCUAUUUAUUCUCUGUCUAUUUUAAGUUCUGUAUUCUCCGCCCCAGUUUUUGUACCUAGACUCGUCUAUAAGGCAUUACUUAAAAGCUCUCCCGUCGAGGUCAGGCAUACGGUGAAGUCUUCUUUUGAAUGCAUUUUCUCAUCUAUGUCUUCAUCGAAUGAAUUGUCAGACCAUCUGGUUAAGCUUCCAUUACAAAUGAUGAAAAGUCAAAGUCAAAAUAUUUCACAACUGCUAAAUGUUCUUGACUUUUUAAGCUCACAUGUCUCCUUCUUUUAUUCGUAUAGAUCAAAUUAUAUAUCUAUAAUUAUCGAUUCGCUAUAUAAGUUAGGAGGAAUUCCAAAUCCAAAUUUGGAAAUUCGUUCACUAUCGUUGAACCUUGUGAAAAUGCUAGUCACCUGGGAUAAAACCGAGAGAUUUGAACAAAAAACCGAACUUUUUACAAAUAAUCAGAAGCGCGCCAUAUUAAGUUUUUUGUUUCGAUUUAUUUGCCUGUAUUCAGAGCUCUAUACCGAAGGCUUAUGCAAAGAAGCAGCGGAUGUACUUGAACAGCUUUUUUCCUUAAAAGAAUGGUCCAAUCUCGGAAUGAAACUUACUUUUUUCACAAAAAGUAUAGCACAUUUUGAUUCAACUGAGUCUAACUCAAUAAUGUAUGCAAAUUCUUUGAAGACAUUGUCUAUAGUUAUAAAGACUGCAGACGAUGCAUGGAUAUUAGAAAACUUCAACGAUUUGAAAGUGCUUUUGGUACAAUCAUUACAAAACGAACAUACUAUAGUUCAGCCUCCAUUAAGUAAUUUCGUCUCUUCGGUUCUUUCUUUACCCAAUGUCCGUCCUUCCUUAAUAAAUGCACCCGGAAUUGCCGAGAUCUGGAGUACUGUUAGUGAAUGGACUGAAAGGCAAUUGCUAUCUGGAUCCCAACUGGAUGUCGCUUUGUCAUGUUUAAAGUGCUGUCUGUCAAGGAAAAAUGCUUCCAACAAUUUGCUUGCAGCUUUUAUGCGUUCUUUUCAUAAGGUAACGAAGGAGGCACUUUCUUUAGGAGCGCAAGCAAUCCCAACACCAGCAAUGAGUAUGCAACCCGUAUCUGCAAUAGAUGAAGUAAAUUCAGUUCUUAUGACAAUGACUGAUUUGGGCUGUUCUUAUGUUUGUGAUUUAAACGAUCAACGAAGGUGGUUUCUUAGCGCAUUGGUUCAAAUCAUUGAAAAGUCAACGAAUGAAAAAAUCUGUUCUUUCAUUUUUAAUGCUGUUCGCAAUUGGGUUGUCAAUUUCCAGGCUUCGAUCCCCACCCUUAAGGAAAAAGCUGCAUUAUUAUUAAAAAUGGUUUCGUUUGAAAGUAGAUUUACGAGUCUAAACAACUCAAAUCUUUUUUCCGACUAUCUUUAUUUUAUCCAUGAUGUUUUUGGAAUGAAGGAGUACGAAGGCAGUGAGCUCCUCUAUCGACUUGAGGCUGUGUACCUGUUGGGUACCAGAAGUUUAGACUCCAAAAUUCGAGACCUAUUCAUUAAUACAAUAAGUUCAAACCUUCCUAAGGAUUUAUAUUCCAGAUUUUGUAAGCUACUUGGAGUGCAUCAUUGGGACUCACUUUCAAAUACAUACUGGUUAUCCCAGCUGAAUUCUUUUCUAAUUGACUGCUUUGAGUUUGAUAAAAAAUGUGUUUUCUUCAAAAAACCUAAGCGAUUUCCAAAACUCUCUUCUUAUUUACCUUCAGAGUCAUCGAAGGCGGAGUUUGGAUCUGAAUAUGACAAUUUAAAGACUGCACUCCUUGCGUACCAAGUAAUCUCUGAUGAUUAUAGCGGUAUUCAGCUUUCAGACAUUAUGAUUCCAAUAUCGAAGAUGCAAGUCAUAGACGCUGAAAUGGCUGGCGCACUUUGGGAGGAUUUAUUCAACGCAUCCUUUUCCAGUUUUACUUCUGAGCAGGUUGCUUCAGCAUCUAAAGCUGUGACCUUAAUUCUCUCGAAAGAAUAUCAUAUUAGAUUACUAGGAAAGGUCCCCAGCGUUUUGGAAACGUUCCUAAAUGCUAUUUUACUUUCUGAUAAAUUUAUUGCUUUACCGCCGCAGCUAUUAUCUUUUUUAAGCAAAAACUUUGGUUUACAUCAUCAAUGCAUACUUCUUUUAGAGAAUGCACUUCGCAAUAAUCCUGGCUUUAGGGAAGAUGAAUUGUUAAUUUAUAGAAAUUCCUGUUUGGAUGCUCUUAGUGAGGUUUAUUAUGGUCUAGAUGAGCACGACUUAUAUAUUGGCUUAUGGAAGCGGCGUUCUCGCUACUUGCAGACAGAAAUCGCCACGUCUUAUGAGCAGUGCUAUAGAUGGGAAAAGGCGCAAUUGGUUUAUGAACAAGCACAAAUAAAUACAUGUGCUGGUGCCAUUCCAUAUUCACCUCAGGAAAACGGAUUUUGGCAUGAUCAUUGGAUUGAGUGUGCCCAAAAGCUGAAUCAGUGGGAUGUUCUUUUAGAUCUAUCAAAGCAAGAGGGCUGCAACGAACUGUACGUAGAAAGUGCUUGGCGGAUUUUGGACUGGAAUACUGAUCGUGAUAACAUUAAAAAAUCGGUCAAAACACUUUCUCCUUUAGUGAGCUUAAGGCGCCAUACCUCGGAUGCACUGCUUUCCUUAACGAGUGGAGGUAGAAAAUCGGAUUCUAUGAACGAAUUUGCUAAGACCAUUCAUGAGGGUAUGCAGUUUUCUUUACGCCGAUGGCAGCAAUUACCCAAACGCGUUUUCCAAUCUCAUACAACUUUAUUGCAUCAUUUUCAAGAGCUUGCAGAAAUGCAGGAAGCUUAUAAUAUCUAUACACAGCUCGAGAGUACCACUAUUGAAAACCUAGACGCCAAGCUUCAAGAUAUAAAGGUUGUACUACAAAGUUGGAGAGAGCGUUUGCCUAAUAUAUGGGAUGAUAUUAAUUGUUGGAGUGAUCUAGUUUCUUGGAGGAAGACUGUUUUUAAAGCCAUUAACAAUGUUUUCUUACCCUUGGCUUCAACCAUUCAACAAGCGUCAAAUGUAGCUUCUAACACCAAUUCGACGUCGUAUCUUUACCGAGGCUACCACGAAUUGGCUUGGAUAAUAAAUCGAUUCGCCCAUGUUGCUAGGGUACAACAUUUACCUGAAGUUUGCAUCAAUCAGCUAACCAAAAUCUAUACGCUGCCCAACAUAGAAAUACAAGAGGCUUUUCUGAAAUUGCGUGAGCAAGCGAAAUGUCAUUACGAAUACCCAUCGGAAAUACAUUUGGGCUUAGAAGUUAUUAACAAUACUAAUCUUAUGUAUUUUCGUAAUCCUCAAAAAGCCGAAUUCUUUACUUUGAAAGGAAUGUUCCAAAAUAGCCUAGGUGAAUAUGACGAAGCAAAUCAAGCUUUUGCUACUGCGGUACAAAUCGAUUUAACAUUAGGAAAGGCUUGGGCUGAAUGGGGUCUGUACCAUGACAACUUGUUUAAUGCGUCACCUCAGGAAACUUGGCGCGCUUGUAAUGCCGUUAGUUGUUAUCUUCAAGCUGCAUCACUAUAUUCCAGUUCAAAAGCUAAGAAGUACCUAAGCCGCCUUCUUUGGUUGCUUUCAAUCGACGGACCACAAGGAUCCAUAUCUGCCGUAGUUUCCUCAUUUAAGUCUGAAAUACCGGUGUGGAAUUGGAUAUCUUUUAUUCCUCAGUUAUUAGCUUCUUUGUCGCAUAAUGAAGCACCACAUACUCGAGCAAUCUUAAUAGCAAUAGCUAGAACAUACCCUCAAGCACUUCAUUUUCAACUUCGUACGGCUUAUGAAGACUAUACUCUUUUAAAUAAGCAGCAAAUGGCAGCGAUAGCCAAAACUUCUACUUCAAAUGGCUCCACUGAAAGUUUACCAACAGAUACUAAUAAUAGGGAUUUGAACUCAGGUGCAUCAAUUUCAAGCUCCUCUAACGUAACCCCUAUAAAUGAAGGAUCUAUGAGCAGUGAUAUGAAUGGAAAACAAAACCAUUUGAAUGCUCGUAUACCUUCUCAAAUCACUGGCGAUAUUAUGGCUAUCUUAAAAACUGCGUAUCCAUUGCUUGCCCUAACGACGGAAACUAUGGUGGAUCAGAUUCAAUCUCGUCUUAAAUCUUUUCCAGAUGAGGAUGCGUAUAGAUUGAUUGUCGCCUUAUUGAACGAUGGUUUACAAUAUAUUACAAGGCUUGGCGUUGUAACAAAGAAUACGCCUCAACUUCCUAUGACGAAGGCUAACAUACAGCGUUUUGCAGAAAAUGUAUUGCCAACCCCUAUUCGAGAACUUUUUCUGAAAGAUUUCGUCGAGCAAGACUUGUCAUUACUGGCUUACGUGGAUAAGUUGCGUGUAUGGAAGAAGCGAUUUGUAGAAAUCUUAGACCAACGGCCUAAAUGUCUUCAUUUGGAACAAUGCAGCCUUUAUUUAAGUGAGUUUCAGCACCAGAAGUUUGAUGAAGUGGAAAUUCCCGGUCAGUAUCUUUUGGAUCGUGACAGCAAUAAUGAUUUCGUUCGUUUGGAAAGGUUUAUCCCCAAUGUUGAUCUUAUAAGAGGACAUAAUAUAUGCUACAAACGACUUACAAUGAGAGGCUAUGAUGGCAUUUUGUAUCCUUUUGCUUUACAGUAUCCUGCAACUCGUCAUAGUAGACGGGAGGAACGCAUGCAUCAGCUUUUACGCUCUAUUAAUUCAAUCUUGGAGACGAAAAUUGAAGUUCGACGUCGAAAUAUCACUUUCGAUGUACCCAUUUCAAUUCCUUUAUCUUCUCAUAUGCGUAUAUUGAGUGAUGAUGAUGCUAAUGUAACGGUACAGAAAAUUAAUGAUUGGUACUGUGAAGAACAUGGAAUGGCAUCUGAUCAUCCUAUUCGUUUCUUUUUUAAUAAGUUGCAAUCAAAUUUGAUUCAAUUAAAACGCGGUAAUAAAUUAAAUUUAGAGAACAAUUCUUUGGAACAAAAGAAACAUGUUUACCGUCAACGUGCUCUAGCCUUAAGAAUGCAAAUUUUGGACACGAUUAAAGAUUCCAUUAUACCCGAGACAAUUCAUUAUGAUUACUUUGGUAAAGUUUAUAAUAGUUACUCGGAUUUUUGGUUUUUUAAACGUACAUUUACUGUGCAAUAUGCUUACUUAUUGAUGAUUACCUACAUUUUCAAUGUUGGAAGCAGAUUUCCUCAUAAGAUUAAUAUUAAUCGCAGCUCAGGAAGCAUUACUUCGGCAGACCUUUUACCUUUGAUGACUUCAAAUCAGCCUACAUUCAACAAUCCUGAAGCUGUCCCUUUCCGUUUGACUCCUCCUGUACAAUAUUUAAUUGGCGACAUUGGAAUAGAAGGCUUGUUGGUUGGUGUUCUGAUAAGUUUUACUCAGAGUUUUUCAAGCUCAGACGCUGACAUUAGGCAAUACCUUAGUCUAUAUAUCCGUGACGAAGUUUUAUGGUGGCAUAGGCAACAAAAGAGAUCUUUACCACAUGGUUUGCAAUUAUUUGAGAUGGUGAGACUUAAUGUUGAAUUACUAUCCCGAAGGGCAUCUGGCAUAAGUCAGAAUGUCCCUGAUAAUUUACCAAUAACGCAAACACUAAUUGACUUAAUAUCGCAAGCUACGAAUCCUAAGCAGCUUGCUCAGAUGGAUCAGCUCUGGCAAGCAUGGUUGUAAAUUUAAGAUUUUUGGGUUUUAAUGAGACUUUAUGCCUUAGAGAGAUAAAAACUAAAACUAAAAUAAAAAAUAAGUAUAUAAUGUUAUUUGAUGAAAUUACAGGUGUUUGUGUCGGUUAAUAAUAAUAAAUUAAGCCUUUAACUA